GUUCUUGUUCCAUCCGCUCCUUGAUAUCCCCUCCCAUGAAACGGUAUGGCAACUUUCCUAUCUCGAGCCAUCUCCCCAGUCCGGGCACUUAAACACCGCCCCUGGCCACUGUCAACAGCAAUCGCUCCCCAACUCCCCGUGAACGAAGCUACCGAAGAGGAACGCAUACCAUACUACGACCCUGCGCGAUUCUAUCCCGCGCGCUUAGGGGAGGUUCUCAACAAUCGAUACCAGCUUGCAACCAAACUCGGGCAUGGUACUAACUCGACUACCUGGCUUGCUCGGGAUCUGAACCAAUGGCGCUGGCUUAGAGAGAAAUAUGUUGCUCUCAAGAUUAAUGCUAGUGUUCAUUAUUCUCGAGAGAAUGCUGCUCAAGCUGAACUGGAUAUUAUGAAACAUAUCUCGGAAGUGAAUCCCCAGCAUAAGGGGUGGUGCCUUAUUAGAUAUCCUCUGGAUUCAUUCAGUCUAGAGCUUGCUGGAUCAACAAGACAUACUUGUGUUGUUUUUGAACCCUUGCGAGAGCCGCUCUGGCUAUUUCGUAGAAGGUUUAUGGGUAAUGUGAUACCUUCUGGUUUACUGAAGAUGUUACUUCAAAUGAUCCUUCAUGGACUGGGUUAUCUCCAUUCUGAGUGUCAGGUUAUUCAUACUGAUCUCAAACCAGCCAAUAUCAUGGUCCGAAUUGAAGAUCCAUCUCUUCUAGAGGAAUCUGCUCGAAAUGAAUAUGAACAUCCUCUGCCACAGAAGAAUUGCUCAGAUGGCCGCACGAUCUAUCUCGCUCGAAAUAACUUUGGCGUCUCUGAAAACUUUUUUGGGAUUACAGAUAAUCCAGAAACCGCCUUUACCACCUAUACUUUUCUAUUGAUUCCCAAACCCUAAUGCCAAGAUACGCUAAGCCAUUCCUAGAACAGAUCCGGAAUAUCCUGGUCCAAGAUAUUGUAACGUAUCGUAUUCAUCUUAGCCAAGCCUCUGGGCCCUGUUUAUUACGCGUUA